CCUAAUUUCCUUCUUUUCUACAGUGUGGGUUUGAUUCUUCUAGUGCCCAGUAGUGAAAGCCGAUUCCAUUUGAUUCAAAUUGUGAUCUCCAAAUUUCCCGCGACACAGAGACAAAGAAGAUGAUGAUGGCAACUGCAAUUCACUGCUUGACUCUUCCUUGCAUGCCAAGGAAUCCAUCUCUCACCACCAAACUUUCUCUCUCUUCUCAUCUAAAGCUUGCAACUUCCAGGUCUCUCUCUAACCUCCUUUCUCAUGGUCUCUUCUCCAAAGGUUUUCUGUCAAUAAACACUAUUGAGAGGUCAAUUCGUCAGUCUGUUGUUUGCAUGGCUAGAAGAUAUGGUGCCAAUACUAGGAAGAGAAAGAUACAGAGCAGAAGAAAGGGUGGUGACCGAGAGAAGAAGAAGAAGCGUAGAAGGAAGGCAGCCAGGAAGAAUAAGGAUAGCUUCAAAAUCAUCCGGCUUGUCUCAGCUGCGGGAACUGGACAUGUGUAUGCCAAGAGAAAAGGAAAGAAGAGUGAGAAGCUUGAGAUUAAGAAAUAUGACCCUGUUGUCAAGCAUCAUGUUUUCUUUAAAGAAUCAAAAUGAAGACAGUGAGAAGCUUGUGCAUAGCCUUUUUAUUCUCUUAAACUUUUGCUGGAUCAUGUCCUCCUAACAUUGUUUCUUGUGGACAAGUUUUAAUGUAGCAGUGCCAAACACAGGCCAUGGUUAGCUGGUAGAACUUUUUGUAGGCUAUUUACUCUUUCGAGAAGAAAAUUUGUGAAUAACUUAUAUUUUGAUUUUUU